AAAUUGGAAAAUAUCUGCAAUCUAACAGCUUUUCUACCUGUUGCAAUAGUUUGACCUUACGCAUGCAGCAGUAUUGAAAGGAUUAUGACAUUUGCUGUCAACGAGAACCAUCUGUUGACGCCGGUCAGCAACUGCAGCGCCUGCGCACAAGCGCCGCGGAAGCUGCUGGUCGGCCACCCGGCGGAGAGAUGGCGGCGGUGAAGCGGGAGCGAGUGGCAGAGCCUGAAGGCGGGGAUGAGGGGGAGCAGGAGUCAGUGCCUUCAAAGAUCAUGAGAAUUCAAUGUCAGGAGGAGGAAGAUGACCGAAGUCGACAUUGCCCCUAUCUGGACACCAUCAAUAGGAGUGUGCUGGAUUUUGACUUUGAAAAGCUGUGCUCAGUCUCCCUUUCUCACAUCAAUGUCUAUGCCUGCUUGGUGUGCGGCAAAUACUUUCAAGGGCGAGGCCUGAAGUCAUAUGCUAACAUUCAUAGUGUUCAGGUUGGCCACCACGUCUUUCUGAAUCUGCACACACUGAAGUUCUACUGCUUACCAGACAACUAUGAAAUCAUCGACUCCUCUCUUGAAGACAUAACAUAUGUGUUGAAACCAACUUUCACAAAACAACACAUUGCAAACUUGGACAAACAAUCCAAACUGUCACGGGCUUACGAUGGAACUACCUAUCUACCAGGGAUUGUCGGACUGAACAAUAUCAAGGCAAAUGAUUAUGCCAAUGUGGUGUUACAGGCUUUGUCAAAUGUGCCCCCGUUACGGAACUAUUUCUUGGAAGAAGAAAACUAUAAGGAUAUCAAGCGGCCACCAGGAGAUAUAAUGUUCCUACUGGUGCAGAGGUUUGGAGAGCUGAUGAGAAAACUCAGGAAUCCCAGGAACUUCAAAGCUCAUGUGUCUCCUCAUGAAAUGUUGCAGGCUGUAGUCCUGUGCAGCAAGAAACGUUUCCAAAUUACCAAACAGGGUGAUGCUGUUGACUUCCUGUCCUGGUUUCUAAAUGCACUUCAUAUGGCUUUAGGAGGGAACAAGAAGAAAAAGACCAUCAUCAACAGUGUGUUCCAGGGUUCCAUGCGGAUAUUCACAAAGAAGCUGCCUCCACCAGAUCUGACACCCGAGGAAAAAGAGCAACUGUUGGAGAUGCAGGAGUUCAAGGAAACAAUGACAGAGUCCACAUUCCUGUACUUGACGCUUGACCUGCCGACUGCCCCUCUGUAUAAGGAUGAGAAGGAGCAGCUGAUCAUUCCACAAGUUCCACUCUUCAACAUCUUGGCAAAAUUCAAUGGCAUCACAGAGAAGGAGUAUAAAACCUACAAGGAGAAUUUCCUGAAGAGGUUCCAGCUGACAAAGCUACCCCCCUAUCUCAUCUUUUACAUCAAGAGAUUCACAAAGAAUAAUUUCUUCAUAGAGAAGAACCCCACCAUUGUCAAUUUUCCAAUUACGAAUGUGGAUUUAAGAGAAUACCUGUCCGAAGAGGUUCAGGCUGUGCACAAACACACCACCUAUGACCUAAUAGGUAAUGUGGUACAUGAUGGAAAGCCUGGUGAAGGAGCAUAUCGGGUCCACGUUUUGCAUCAUGGUACAGGGAAGUGGUACGAGCUGCAAGAUCUACAAGUAAUUGACAUCUUGCCACAAAUGAUUACUUUAUCUGAGGCUUACAUUCAGAUCUGGAAGAGGCGAGAAGACGGUGAUGAAAGCCUGCCUAGUCAGAAUGGCGCAUGAAUGGGGAGAGAGAGAAUCAGCUGACCCAUGAUUAUCGCAGCCUUGACAUGAGCAGAUCUGGAAGCUGUUGGCAAUAGCUAAACCAAACUCUGACUAUAUCCCAGUGUUCGGCAGAUAUGGAUUGAACUGAUUUGUCAUUGAUGCAAAGUGAUUUCCCACCUCUGCUGCUGCAUGUCUAAAGGAAAGAACAGGAAGUUCACUACUGACUUGUGAAGGGAGUACAGUAACUCAGAUCCUGCUACCUGGAGGUAUUGCCAUGACUAUUUUGAUGGAAUGAGUCUCAUUUGACAGAGUGCCAUGCAACAGCAGCAAUUAUUUAAUUUGCCUGGAAAUGGCACCAACUGAUUUAAUCACCUCCUGUUCUCUUCAUUUUUGUCCUUGUGUUCUGUUUGCUGGAACACUGACAAUGAUUCCCAUAGGAUGUUGCAGAACUCACUGUAUUUUUGUUAUGACCUUGCCUUAUUUUGUUCAAGCAUUCUGGCUGAUGUUUCAAAUGUUGCAGAGCUGAGAAGAGAGAUAAUUUACUGUGUUUUACAACCAUUCCAGGUUGCAGAAACUGGCUGUCUGUCUUGUUUCAGGCUGGAAACAUCAGUGUGUGAUUCCCAGGUCUUAAUUUUGUAAAAUGUUUUUGAGUGGAUUCAACUGCGUAAGACCUUUGGUCAGUCCUGAACACUGAAGGAGGGUGGUCUGGGGAUUUGGGGUGUUUUUUGGAUUGGUUGAAAUAAUUUUUACUCUUGCUCUAUUUUAUAAAAAAUUAUAUCACUGAAAUAUUUUCCUGGCUGCUUCCUACCUUUCAGCUCAUUUCUGUCAACCAGGGAAAAUAAAAUUUUCAGAAUUGUUUAAGCAUUGAGCAAUUGGUGUCAGUAUGAAUGCUGCAUUGUUGAUAUAACUGAACAAACCUUAGCCAGUAAUGCCUUAUUUUUUAAAUAUAUAAAACAUUUGGCAUUAUUAUAUAUAUAUUUUAAAAUCUACUUCUCUAUUGCUAGUUCCAAUUCCUUGCUUUCCGCAGAUAUAGCUUUUACUUUGUGUCUAACAAAUGUACAAGCCUGGAUGGUGGUGAUCGACAAUCUUAUUUGAUCAGGAUUUGGUCCUCAGGGAACUGUUUGUUUUGUGCAUACCCUUACCCUGGUGCACUUCGGAUAAUGGAAAACUAAUUAAAUUUACAGUUUUAUAGUUCAGAGUUGCACAGUCACACAGAACAAGGCAGCAGGCCAUUGACAUCCCAAGUCUGUCUCAACUAUAGAGUACAUCUUUGCAUGAACCCUACACAAUCCUGUUGUUAUUCUCCAUAGAUUCUACCUUUCUACCUAGGGACAGUUUACUGGGGACUUCAACCUACAAACCUGAACAUCUGUGGGAUAUGGAAGGAAACCAAUAGCACCUGGGCAAAAGCCCCAUGGUCACAGCAGGAACAUGUAACCUCCAAACGGUCGGAGGUUUAGGUUUAAAUCUGGGUCACUGGGCAGUCUUCUACUGUGGAGAUGAUGGAUUCCAUACAGGAAACUCAAAUCAGGGAGAGGCUGACCAUUGGGCUGUGUUGCCAUCUCUACUAUGAUAUCGUGUUUUCUCAAAUUGAUUUAUUUGUGAUGCUUUCUACAGCAGGAAAGUGCCAACAUUCAGUGUUGAGCCUUGCAUGACUGACUACUUGAGGCAUGUACAGCAGCUGAGGGUAAAGGGUAUGUGAAUCACAAAUUUAAAAAGAGUUCUUUUGAAGACGCUGAUCUGGAGUUACACGCCGACUACAGUUCUUUGCGGGACUGGGACCUGUUCUCGGGUUUCACGACUGGCCGUUAUUCGGCACGCCAAGGGCUCGGCCUAAGAGCCUAGCUCGCCUCCGGAGGGUCAAGAUUUCAUGGCUCUGGGGACGGGCAAAUCGAAGGUCGGUGUCCGGACAGGAGGUCGGUUUGUCAUGGCAGAUGGAAGAUCUAAGGCUACGUG